UUAUUAUUUUUGUAUUUCUUUAAUUAAGUUUUUUUUUUUACAUUAGAAUCGAAAAGAUGUGCUAUGCGAAAAGCUGCUGCUAUUGCUUGUCAUUACGCUCGGGCUGCAUUGGGAUUUCACUUUUUUCCAUUUUUUGCUCUGUCCUGAACAUAGACUUCAUUAUCUUGAUCCUUACUGACUAUAAAGUGGCCCGAAUUAAAUAUCUAUUUCCAGUAAACGAUCUAAAUGUUAUGCUUCAGCUGGUGCCAGAAUUCCUAAUGAUAAUCGCCGGCAUUAUGUUGUUCAUUUACACACUGGCGCCCAUAACUGCUUUAGUACUCUUAUAUGUAAUACUUGCUGGCAGCCUGUUUCUCUAUGUACUUGCGUUUAGCAUAGUUUCUACCACAAUGGGCUCCAAUAUGAUUGUGAAUGAAAGUAAAAUGCAUUUGAUUGCCUAUUGGAUGUAUGUGGCCUUUAGUUUCGUAUCAACGGCAUACUUUCUGUAUAUAGCGCUCUCCUAUUAUAAAUAUAACUUGGAACUGAGGCGUAGCUAAACUUUAGUUUAUCAAGUUUAUAAAGGGAUUUAUUCAAAAAGCGCAAUACUUUCAACUUGAACUCCAAAUUAAUAUGAGAAUAAUCAUGUCGAGACAUGAAUACAGUUUUCAGAGUCUUUCUUUCGGCAUUCCUUAUUUUUAAGGCCACAAAUUGUAAAUCAAUAAACAAGCUUUGACUUUUUGUUUAUUUUUUCUAUAAUACCCAAUUGACUU